AAUUUUAGAUAAAUGCAACACUGGCUGGCAAUAACACCGUUUUAGAAAAUGAAAAAUGGACCACACCAACAGACCCUAACGUAAAUAUACAACUCAACAUCGCCUCUGGUGGCGCCAAAGUUGUAUCUUCAUAAUAAAGUAUAUUGACAUAAUAGAAGCCAAUCACAAUAGCGUUUCAAGGGAUUUCCAUUGAAUGGCAAGAGCACGAGCCAAUCAAUAAAGACCGCACGUUGAAGAAACCAAUGAGAAGUGUCAGUAGUUGUAAGUAGGCGGGCUCUAAUCUUAUCAGGAGGCGAGGGCCAAGUAGUAGAUGCAAAGCGGAAAGAAAAUGGCGGCCGUGGCUGCGGAGCCAGGAGCUGCUGCGGCAUCAACAACAGCGGGGGACGGGGUGGACUACGAACCCGAGCCAGGAGAGCAUGUGGUCGACCUAGAGGCCCACUCCGUCCCAAAAAUUGAGCUUUGUCACCAACCCGAGGAUGUGGAUGCAGUUCAGGAAUGCAGCCAGGUCCAAAUGGAAAUCAGAAGGCCGGACCUUCAAGCCGCGGGAAAAGCCCUCGCUGCCCAUGCGGUCUGUGAGCGCCCCGAGACGGGGGGCUCCUGGGGCCGCCUGGGCACAAUCGAGCAGCCCGUGCUUAUGGACUACAGGUGUAAAGAUGUUUCUGAUUACGAGGAAUCUUUGUCGCCGAAGGUGGAGGCUGCAAACGAGGUCAGUGCUCUCGAAUCCAGCCCCUUCCUCCUGCUCCCCAGCUCCAUCCCAGACUCCCAGCCCUCUGUGGUCUUCUUGCAUUCCCUUCCCGCGGAGGUUCCGUCGGAGCCCGAAACUGGAUUGUCUCUGGCUGUCGAAUAUGACUCCAAGCCCGUGUUAAGCCAUCCUACCGAUCUGGAGUGUGAACUCAUAGGCUUCACGCAGCCGGACCCGGAGCCCGAACCCGCAAACGAUGCUCCCGAGUCGGAACUCAAAACUCACGAGGAUGCUUUCCAUGACAUCCCGCACCCCUCGGACCACCUCGACUCUCUGUCCGCUGCAGAGGAGACCUCGCUGGGAGAAUCGGUGGAUCAGAGCUGCAUCAGUGACUUGUCUACCGUUUCCAGUAAGGACUCUCCCGAACUUCCCGCGGUGGUGGAUCAGGCGCUUGUCUCGUCGGAGGAAGUGCGCUCGCAUCCUCUUCAUCAGCAGAGUUUCGAGACGGACCUCAGCGAACCCGAGAGGGAGUCGGAGAUGAAAGCCCCGGUUCUGUGUGCGACAGAGACCGACACGCUUGAGCGCCUGGUGCUCGGCUCCGAGGUUCGAGUCACGCUGGAUCACAUCAUCGACGAUGCGCUCGUGGUGUCGUUUCGCUUAGGCGAGAAGAUCUUCUCCGGGGUACUCAUGGACCUCUCCAAAAGGUUUGGACCUUAUGGGAUUCCUAUAACUGUGUUCCCCAAGAGAGACUAUAAGGACAAACCAGAAUCUAUGCAGCUAAAGAUGGAAGCAUUCCAGUCAGAGACGGAUAAGGCCGUCACUCAAGGACCUAGUGAUGCCCCCAUUAAGGACCCUGCAGAUGCUCCGGAUACCCCUCUGAAGGACCCUGCGGAGGCUCCUGCAGCGCCCCAGCCCUGUCCCAACCCUGAACCUAACCCAUGGACCUCAAAACCACCUCCUUUGUUUCAGGAGGGGGCCCCUUAUCCACCUCCAUUGUUCAUCAGGGACACCUACAACCAGUCAUUACCUCAGCCUCUACCACGCAAAAUCAAGCGGCCCAAGCGCAGGCUGUAUCGAGAGGAGCCCACUUCUAUAAUGAAUGCCAUCAAGCUCCGACCAAGACAAGUUCUGUGUGAUAAAUGUAAAGGGGCUGUGGUGCAAGGGGACAGGCGUGAGACACGCAGAGGCCCCAUUUCAGACUGCCGAAGUGACGAUGCCAAAAGACGUCGUAAUGACAGUGCAACGGCAGCUGCCGGUAAGCGGCCACGUAGUGAUCCACGUUCUGAAGAGAAGGGUCGUGGUACUGAUGGGCCCAAACGGCAGGGUUCGGCUGUACGAGUGUCAUCGGCCACUGCCUCUUCUCUGGGCCAUAGUCAGGUCAAGGGUGCAACUGCAGGGAACAAAAUGGUGAAGGGGGUGUCUACUACAACAGCGUCCUCUGCAAACUCUCGAGUGCAGCUCAAUGCCAAAAAAGUUCUUCAGAGCAAAAACGUUGACCACUCCAAAGCACGAGAGGUGCUGAAGAUGGCCAAGGCUCAGAGAAGACAGAGAGAGACAGUCACGGGCAGUAGCGGGAACACCAAGGCCAUAACCAGGGCCGCUGCCCUCCAGGAAGCCCACCAAAAGGUCCACUUCACCAGGCGACUGCAGCAGAUCAGUGGAGGAGGUCCAGGUUCCAACCCCCUGCCGCCUAGGAUGCGCAUCAAGCCCCAAAGGUACCGUAAUGAAGAGAACGAUUCUUCCUCAUGUAAGCCGCCUUGCUUGGAGAAAGUGCCGGGAGGGGGCCGUUUACUGCUGCCUAAACCAGCCGUGCCCCGCUGCACCUCCACACGCUCCUCCUCCUCCUCCUGCUCUGCAAGCAAAGUCGCCACAGCUGUAGAGCCCCAGAGGCCAGACAAAGCAAUCGAAUCCCUGCUCAGCCAGACCCAACCCGAGCCCCUCCCAGCCCCGGAAUACAGGGAAUCCCAAGCUGAGCCAGAGGAACAGGAGGGGCGGGAGGAAAAGCGGGAGACACGUGGGAGCAAGGCUGGUAACCUAGUGGUCUACAUGACCCUUAACCCCAGCCAGCCCGACUCCUCUAAUACCUCCAUGUGCAGCAUCGAUAGUGCAGAUGACUUAAAGUCAUCAAACUCUGAGUGUAGCUCUACCGAAACGUUUGACUUCCCCCCUCCUGGUGAUUUGCGAUCGGCCCCUGCCCCUGGCACAUCCUCCGCUUUUGCCUCCGCCUCUCCCUCUGCUCCUAAGGAUGACAAAAAGCGCAGUAAAUCCCUCAAAGCUGCCGUCUUUUCCAAAAACGUCACAAAGUGCGUUGCCCUGGAUGGCAGGACAAUUUGUGUAGGGGACAUUGUUUGGGCCAAAAUUCUUGGCUUCCCUUGGUGGCCCGCCCGCAUCCUAGCCAUCACAGUGAGUCGCAAAGAUAAUGGGCUCUUAGUCAGGCAGGAGGCCCGGGUCUCUUGGUUUGGGUCACCCACCACUUCCUUCCUGGCCAUUACUCAACUUGCCCCAUUUCUAGAAAGCUUCCAGUCUCGCUUUGACAAGAAGAGAAAGGGCCUGUAUCGUAAAGCCAUCACUGAGGCCGCCAAGGCUGCCGAACAGCUUACACCCGAGGUCCGAGCCUUGCUAACUCAGUUUGAGACGUGAGGUGGUAUGCUUUGGUAAGGUAGGCAAGACAGGCACUCGAGUUGGCCCUGUACCCAUUCUGACACCUCUCAAACUUUGCUGUACCCAGUCAGCUUCCAGAGUGAAAUACAGAAAAACGUCAGCCAGGCAACCAGGACUAAUUUAUUUUUGUUGAGGAAGCAAGAGAAGGGGAUUGAAUUGAGUAACUGAAGGCAAACGGUUCCCUUGUCAAGUAUCUAGUGUUUGCCCAUAUGUAACCAGUCUUGUCCCAUCUUGUCAUAUCAUCUUACAUUUACUAUACUAAAAGCAGAUGACUGAGAUUUCUAGAAAAAGGUUUUAUUGAUUCUUGAGUGAUAACAAUAUUUGUUGUCCUUGAACAUAUCUGUUCUUGGUCAGUGGCUGCUGUAAACAUGAAAAGCAAGUCUUCUCAGACUGGGAUUUUUUUCAGCGUGACUAGCUUUCGCCUGAAGUACAUUAGGCAUGUGUGAAAAUGUCUGCUUGAAUCCAUUCUCAAAUGGUUACUAACUAAACAGUGGCCAGUCGAUUGCUACAUAGUCUGGAUCCCUAAUUUAGCACAGUUAAUGCUUCCCAUUGGAUGAACCGUGGAAGUUUUCAAUCACUACAGUGUUUCUAGACGUCCAGUCUCCCUUAAGAUUACAUGAAGCCUUGGAUAUUUUAUUUAGGCCAUCCUAGAAUUGUUUUCUUUUAAUAUUGGAAGUUGUGUAACAAAGUUGACCCUGUUGGGUAGUGAGUGCCUCGCUCAGGUAGAAAAAGGGACUAAAUUGGUGCUGAUCUUUCUCAGAUGUUCUGAGAAGACUAAUCUGAGUUCAGUGAUCCGAGCAGAGGGCUGUUGAUCUGGGCGCGGCUCUUGGCUCGGCAGCCAGUCGCGCUGCUGUUACGGGGGGAGGUGCCUGUAAGCCGAAGUCACCUCAAGUGCCACUGUGAGGGAGAGCACAGUGACUCUGUAAACGCAGAGAGUACACCUCAAACACGGAGAAACCUGCCAGCCUAUCCCCACCCCUCGCAGCUACAACAUCUGCUUCUCAAGCUCAUUCUUCUCUUAAUCUACUUGCCCUGUUCCCAGCUUCUUUUUCUUUUCCUCCACUUGUUUUGCUCCCUCCUGCCGUUGUCAUAUGUUUGCAUCUUCGACUGUGUUUAUAUGUCUGAUUAUGGCGAAAAUGUUCCUGUUACUCAGCCCACCCGUUGGCCACCCUGACAGUUUUUGCAUGAAUUUGGGAGAGUAUACAGUGUGUUAAAUGGGUUAAUGAUCUUCUUUUUUUAUUGUUCCAUAUGUUUAUCCAAUUUAGGCAUAUCACUUUAAGAAGCAAACAAGUUUUUAUGUAGCUGCAGUGGAAUGCAGAACUCUUUUAAAAUGAGUUCCUUUAAGUGACUCAAUGAAACACUUGUGUCCCGCUGCAAAGAAGGCAUCGGAGCACAAGGGAGCAGUUCUCAUAUGUGUGAAUAUGUUCGUCAUAAUUAUGGGCCUCUGGCUGGUUUAGUUGUUCAGUGAUUUGUUAUGAUUCCAGUAUUCAUUGUCUCUCAUCUGAAAUGUUUUGCUAAGGAUUAUUGUGCUUUGAAUUUAUUUGUCGUGCCUGAACUUUAUUUGCUGUCAUUUCACUAUUUGAAUAAUAGGGCUGAAGGUCUUGUAAUGUAAAGUGUUCAAAAUGUGUUUCGCCUGACUGAAUUGAAGAUAAAUGACCUGGGUCUUAUUUCAAUGCUGAGAACCAACGAUUUUAUCUGUAUGGAGGAGCAUUAAUAAUUAUUUUUUUUGUUUCUUGUCUGUAAUCAUGGUUGUGUCUUUUGCAUUGCAUACCCAUUAGCAUCUUAUAUUUACACAUCUGAGAAGGGACAUACUGUAAGAUACCUUGGUCUUUCCACAUAUGACUUCGCAGGUAGAGAUCGAUGACUUGAGGAAAAAAAAACAAUGCUUGGUAGACCACACUGACUGACUGCCAGAGGUUUGUGUAAAGAAGUAAACACGGUAUUUAUUUUGGAGGUUGGCUUUGUUUCAUUUCAGCAUCUUAUUUUUUACUUCUAUUAUUUCUAUCUGUUUGCAGGUCAGAGAAUGCUGUAAAACCAUUGAGAAAAAAAAGUAACAGUUGAAGAUAUUGUGUACAUGUUUUCUGAUGUUUUAAGAGUAUAUAAAUAAACUGUGAACUUCAAGAA